AUGGGAAGACCUAGAAAGCGAGAUGCUUCGUGUCGGGAUGCUCAACUUCCGAGUGGAGAUUCGGAUACCCAACCUGCCCAGACAGAAGACACGGCGCCCCUAGCGACUGAAGAAGAGGAUGUUAUGAGCCAGUGGCCCGAUUCAAACACCGCGAUUUCAUUAUCUUUGACUGACUCCAUGCAUGAUACUUCAUUCGCAUCUGACGCAACUGAUCGACUGGCGAGCUCUGUGGGCUGCCCCGGCAUAGCCUCCCAGAGAGGUGAUUUGGGCAAUAUAUACCAAGAUGCAUUCAUGGAGGACAUCCAAUCCUCAAUCGACUGUCAACUUCCGUUCUUACCGCGUCAGUUACCCACCGCCGCUCCACCUAAGCGGAACCCGAAUGAGUUGAAGAGGAAGAAGUUGGGCCUGGAAAGCGCCUCUUGGCCAAUGACGCAAAAUAUUGCUCCGGCCACUAAUACAACGACUUCAUAUGCGCUCAAUGAGCUUCUACCUUUAUCAAGUCCUCCAGAAGCAGCCAUGGGACGGCGCCUCAGCCUCCAGGAUUCCCAGUCGGAAUUGCCAGAGCUUCUAAAUAGAAACACAACUGACACCGCCAUCUAUACUGGCAACUCCCAGUCCGCUAGCCACCAUCCAAAGAGGGAUGAAGCAUCUGGGGAUACGGCUGGACUUCGUGGCCCUGAUUUUACCAGUUCCGCUUCAUCCUCAAUCUAUCGCCCGGCCAUAUUCUCAUCAUCAGACCAAUUUGCGGAACCAUCGAUUACAGCGAAUUCUUCAUGGCCUCAAAACCCCUCAAUGCGCCCUUCACAGAAUUGGAGACAGCCCGACGAUCAUAGCAGGCAAACCUCUCUCAGCAAUGAUCGCGACCGAGAAAUCGGCUCGCUCGCCACGCCAAGCAAUCGAAAUGGUAGUCUCAGUUCACGCAGCACUUCCCGACCAGCUUCCAAGUCCGAUGGCCCAUGUCAGGGUCAAUGCUACUUAACUAUUCUCCGUCGUCUCGCCUGGCUCGAACAUUUUCGUGGCACGGACAAAAACCUCCUAGCAAUUGAUGUGGUCAUGACAGCCGAGCGGGACACUCGCCUACUCAAAGAGCAAUUGUUUGACUGUGGUAGAGAUGAAAUUGAAGACGAAGGAUGUCUUUAUUCACGGCCUUCCAGCCUGAUGGCCUUGAGCUUGCUUGCAGAAUGUGUUGUCUCCCUUUUCGAAGAUCUCUUUCGCCGAGCAGCGAUCUCCGCGCACGAGAGGGAGCGCAUUUUUCGAACUGCAUGGCUAAUCAACCCCAAUCCCAUUUCUCCCAGCGGCACAACGACUUUAUCGGCUCAUCAGUCUGCUGCUCGCUUUGAGCGCUCUAUACGUGGCGCGUUCGAUCGAAAUAUUACCUGUCCCGUUCCGGAGGCAAACUGUGAUCUAUCCCUGGGAAAGUUUAGAGUGGGAAGCGAGGCUAAAUCACGAGCUAUGAGACAGAUCUUACGGCGUCGAAUCGGGAAACUCUUGGCUACGUUGGUCGAUAUCAGGAGAUUUGUUGGGCCCGGAGGUGGUGUUAUACAAGAAUCUGCGAAGCAGAUCGCUGAAGACCUUUGCCACCGUGUAGAGUCCUUACAAGGAAGAGUGGAAUUGGCGGAAUAG